UCUAUCACCUUCUAUAUAGUGAUGGAAUGAAGAUGAGUGUGCAAAAUUCAUCAUCUCCUCACAACCCUUUUAACUAUUCCUGAUUUCUGAAGCAUCUGACGGUGGAGGAUUCAUCACAGAGUGUCUUUUAUUAGAACAAUAUACGAGUAAGAGAGGUUCAUAGAUCUUCAGCAUUUAAGACUCAUGUGGUCCUCUACUUUAUAACCAGCUCAGUAGUAAUGGAAUUUUUGUUGGCUCUGCUGCUAACUACAGCACCUGAAACAGUGAAAUUUGAAAGCUCUCUUUCUUUAAAAGCCUUCUUUCUUUCUUUCUACUCUAGAGACUAGAGAGGACUCAAGUUCUACCCAGGCCUCGAUACAUUGUAUUCACUUCCUUCGUUUCUGUUCUUUUUUCUUCAAGGAUCCACAGUAAUUCAUCACAAAUCUUGCUUCUUCUUCAUCUCCUACUUAACAACCUGAUGAAACUUUCAGAAUUUGAUUUGCAGACUCAAACCUCAGUUUCUGAAAAGCUCCUUUCUCUUCUUAUUCUUGUGAAGAACUGGUGCUUGUUCAUGUUCAUGUUCAUGUCCUAGUUGAUAAAAUUCCUCCCUCCCCUAGAAGUUUUUAGUUUCUGGGUCUUAUUCUUCUCAUUUUUCCAAGCAGAAAAGUCCUUUCUUUUUUUUCAAAUCUGGGUGUUGUGAAGAGUUAUUAUUAGUCUGCAACAUGCCAGUGAUGGAUAUUUUUCAAAACCCAUCGUCUCUCAAAUCGAACAGAUUUGAAACAGCCAUGUGGGCUGCAAAGUUUGUGCUCAUGUCCAUGGGGGUUAUCUCCACUCUUGUUUUGUUGAAAGUGGCCAUAGUCCCAUACACAUUCCACCUUAUUCUCUCAACCCUUCCUCAAUUCUGGGUCUCACUUAGAAGCUGGCUAACUCUCCCAUUCCUUUACAUAAUUGUCAACUUCAUCAUCAUCACCAUUGCAGCUUCCUCCAAAAUCAAUAACCCCAAACCCUUUUCUGAGUCUGAUCCUAAGCACACAUCUGCCAAAGAAGAAGAAAAGGAGGUUGAAGAAGAAGAGCAAGGACAACACCAACACCAACAAGAAGAAGAAGAAGAAGAAGAGGAAGUUGAAGAACAACACCACCAACAAGAACAACAACAAGAAGAACAAGAUGAGGAAAAGGAGUUUGAAGAGCUUGGUUUGUCUUGUGACAAAUUCAUCAUCCACCACCCUUUGCUUGAAAAUUGCACCAACGAUUAUUUCUUGCCGGAUUCAGAUGGUGGUGAUGACACACUGGAAGCCACAUGGAGGGCUAUAAUGGAGGGACAGGGGAAAACUAUGAGGCCACAGCUGAAGAAGAGUGACACAUGGGGUGCUAGAAUUGCAAAGGCAGAGCCAUUCAAGCGCAAUGGGGAGGGUGGUGGUGAUGAUGACCCUGUGGCUUGGGCUCAGAAGGAGCUUAAAAAGUCUGAUACUUUCAAUGAUAGAGCCUCUCUGAGGAGGGAAAAAUCCAUGAGUCCCGAGGAACUGAAUCGCAGGGCAGAAGCCUUCAUUAAGCAGUUCAACAAUCAGAUGAAGUUGCAGAGGCUCGAAUCUUACCAGCGGGUCAGGGAAAAGGUAAAUCGAGGUGUUUGAUCAUGUGGCCUAUCUUUCUGCUUUUUCACCACUCACAGUGAAAAUUUAGCUAAAUGAGAAUCUCUGGAAGUAUAUUAACCAUUUUGGAGGACUUGCUGUGUACAUAUUUUUGCUGCUGAGACCGUGUGAAGAAGCCAAGACAAGUAUAAGACAUGGUGUACUUUUUUCCCUUGUCAAGUUUCUUGUGACAUAGUGGGCAUAAGUUAGUUUCUCCCUAAUCUGUUGUGCUCUUUCUUUGGUCUAGAUCUUUUCUCUACAUGUUCAACCUAAACUAUUCAUAAGUGUAGUGCUUCUUAUGUUACAUAAUGUUUGUAAUAUGUAGUUUGAACCCUAGGUAGCAUUAUGAGGGUAUUUUUAAAAUCGAAUUAAUGUACAAUUUAUGCAGACCUAAUAAUUUACCAGUUAAUUCAGCUUUAAAAUGCUUCUUGAA